AAUAUCUCUCAACCCGUAUCGGUGCGAAUCGUGGAGGUAGGUCCACGGGAUGGUUUACAAAACGAGCCUACGCUGCUACCAGCAGCGGUCAAGAUUGAGCUCAUAAAUCAACUGUCCGAAACUGGGCUGCGUACAAUCGAAGCGACAAGCUUUGUGAGCGCCAAAUGGGUACCGCAGAUGGGUGAUAACGCGGAGGUGCUGCGAGGUAUUAACAAGCUUCCCGGUAUUUCCUAUCCAGUGCUGACACCGAAUCUUAAAGGAUUCCAAGCAGCGAUCGACGCCGGCGCAGAGGAGGUGGCAGUGUUUGGUGCAGCGUCAGAAAGUUUCUCGCGCAAAAAUGUGAACUGCUCGGUAGAUGAAAGCAUUGCCCGAUUCCAGGACGUUAUGGAUGCGGCCAAAAAGGCAAACGUGAAGGUUCGCGGAUACGUUUCGACGGUUGUCGGUUGCCCCUACGAAGGAAAAAUUAAACCCUCGGCAGUGGUUCGCGUUGUGGAAAAGUUGAUCGAGAUGGGAUGCUAUGAAAUUUCACUGGGCGAUACGAUUGGCGUCGGUACACCGGGAUCCUUCACCGAUAUGUUGCGCGAAGUCACCAAGAUCGCACCGGUCAAUAUGCUAGCUGUCCAUUGCCACGAUACGUACGGUCAAGCGUUGCCAAACAUUUUGACAUCGCUGGACUUUGGUAUCGGCGUGGUGGAUGCUUCCGUUUCGGGUUUGGGCGGAUGUCCGUACGCACGUGGUGCGUCGGGAAAUGCGGCCACGGAAGAUGUCGUGUAUAUGCUGCACGGGCUUGGCAUUGAAACGGGUAUCGAUCUGCCGAAACUCGUAAACGUUGGCAAGUACAUUUGCGACAAACUGCAACGGCAAUCCGAAUCGAAGGUGAACCGUGCGAUGAGGAAGACCAAUCCAAACGCUUGUUAAGUACAGGU